AUGAACAUGGACACGAAACCGAUCGCAGGAGGCGGCGGCGGCGGCGGCGGCGAUGCGGAAGGAGGAGGAAGCUGUGCUGCCGGCAAUGUCCCGGCGAUGCAAUCCUCAUGCGACGCGGUGGCGCCUUCGCCGGCACCUCAUACGGAGUGCGACAUGAGCCGCAUGCCGGACUCCCCAGUGCGCAAGCCCGGCCACCGUCGCGCGCUCUCGGACAUCAUCGGCCUCCCCAACGACCUGGACCUCGGCGCCCCCGGCGCCGGCGACGGCCCCGUGCUGUCGGACGAGAACGAGGAGGAGCUCUUCUCCAUGUUUCUCGACGUCGAGAAGCUGAACUCGCGGUGCGGGGCGUCGGAGUCGGAGUCAUCGUGCGCCAUGGCGGGGGGUGGGGGAGAGGCGACGCAGAUGUCCGCCGCGCCUGGGGCAGGGCUCAGGCCGAGGCACCAUCAGAGGCAUUCCAUGGAUGCCUCGAGCUCCAUCGACGCGGAGAAUCUUUUUGGGACGUCGGCGAUGGAUGGCGUGUCGCCGGUUGAGGCGAAGAAGGCAAUGUCCGCCGCAAAGCUCGCCGAACUUGCGCUCAUCGACCCCAAGAAGGCAAAAAGGAUUAUAAAUAAUAGACAGUCAGCAGCAAGAUCAAAAGAAAGGAAGAUGCGGUAUAUUGCUGAACUUGAACGGAAGGUGCAAUUUAUGCAGAGAGAAGCCACAGCACUGGCAACUCAGCUGGCGUUGCUACAGCGAGACACAGCUGGGCUAACAGCUGAGAACAGUGAACUGAAGCUCCGUCUGCAGAACACAGAGCAUCAAGUCCACUUACAAGAUGCUCUCAACGAUGCCCUGAAAUCGGAGCUCCAGCGGCUGAAGAUGGCGACAGGCCAGAUGGGCAGCGGUGGAGGGGCGAUGAACUUCGGCGCAUCACCGCACCCAUUCGGUGCGAACCACCACCACCAGCAGAUGUUUCACCCUAACCAAGCAAUGCCACCACCCUUCGCGGCGAUGCAGCAGCAGCAGCAGCAGCUGCUCCCCAACCAGCCAUUGCACCCUCUGCAAACCCAGCAGGCUGCGAUCAACCUGAACAUGAAAGGGCCGGCGCCUGCUCCCAACCAGUGGUGGGGCGACGCGUGGUCGGAGAGCAGCAGCAGCUGAUCCAUCACCAUCAGUGAUGGAGGAGGGUGCUGUCGAUCUGGAAAUUGUGGUAUACAUAUGUCAGGAUGAUUUGGUUUUGGGUAUCGAAUUAUCGAUCGCCCAAGUAUAGGUGUGUGAUAUAUGUUCCUUCAAAAAAAAUGUGAUAUAGUUAAGGAGGUUAUACACUCAGAUAUCAAGUUCCUGUGUCUUGGUUCUCCAAGGAUGU